CCCCCGUGCCAGCCUCGGGGUGAGCGGCCUUUCCCCAAACGCCUGCUGGAAAUUUCCAGAGGCACCACAGCAGUCCCGAAACAAAAAGCUGCUGUGCCUCCCCGCAGGCGCUUCAUUUUGGGAUCUAUUGCUCCUGGCAGGCACGCCAUGCUCUGCUUCACCGACUGAAUUUAAACCUCUUACGUGCUGCUCAGUUGGAGGGUUUCAUAUUAAGUGUCCAAAAUCAGAAUUAGUCCCAGCACCGUGACUUUUCCAUCAUGUCAGAACCUAUCACGCUCAAUGUUGGAGGAAAACUCUAUACCACCUCUCUGUCCACUCUGACUAGCUUUCCAGACUCCAUGCUGGGGGCCAUGUUUAGUGGGAAGAUCCCAACCAAGAAGGACAGCCAAGGCAACUGCUUUAUUGACAGAGAUGGCAAAAUCUUCCGCUAUAUCCUGAACUUUUUACGAACUUCUCACUUGGACCUCCCAGAAGAUUUUCAGGAAAUGGGCUUACUGCGACGGGAAGUAGAUUUUUAUCAAAUUCAGCCCCUGAUUGAGGCCUUGCAGGAGAAGGAAGUAGAGCUUUCUAAAGCAGAGAAAAAUGCCAUGCUCAACAUCACCCUUGAUCAGAAGACCCAGACCGUUCACUUCACUGUCCGAGAAGCACCCCAGAUUUACAGCCUGUCUUCCUCCAACAUGGAAGUGUUCAGUGCUCAUAUCUUCUCCACGUCAUGCCUGUUCCUGAAGCUUCUUGGUUCCAAACUGUACUACUGUUUCAAUGGAAACCUUUCCUCAAUAUCCAGUUACCUGCAGGACCCCAACCACUUGACCUUAGAUUGGGUUGCAAGUGUGGAAGGCCUUCCCGAAGAGGAGUACACCAGGCAGAACUUGAAGAGACUCUGGGUGGUGCCAGAUAAUAAGCAAAUCAAUAGUUUCCAGGUGUUUGUGGAAGAAGUGCUGAAAAUAGCCAUGAGUGAUGGUUUCUGCAUAGAUUCUGCUCAUCCACAUACUUCAGAUUUCAUGAAUAAUAAGAUUAUUCGCCUAAUUCGGUACAAGUAGGAAUGGCUGUUUGUU